AAAAUAAAAUUCAACCUUGUUUCCUUAUAUAUUUUAAAUAUAGUAAAUAAUAAUAAAUCUAAAAAUUAUACAUAUACAAAAAAAAAAAAAGAAAAAAAAAUUUAAUCUAAAAUUAAAACUAAAAAAAUUCUUAAGAAAAAAAAUUUUUAAUAGAAAAUUUAAAAAUUGUAAAGUAAGCGGCGUUUUUUUCAAAAUAAUUUGUUUUUAAUAUUUUGGUUUUGUUUAUAAGUUCUCUGUGAGUUCAUUUUUUAAUGUGAAAACCUACAUAUAAGAUCUUUUGUGUGAAUAGGAAAAAAAAACGAAAAUUUACCACAUAAAAACUCAUGUAAAUGCAUAUAAAUAAAAAAAAAAUAAAAACUUUUAAUAUUUUAAUUUAAAAAUAAAGAAAUUUUAAAUAAAAAAUAAAAAUUUAUAAAAAAAAAAGGUUUGCACUUACAAAUUAUAAAAUUUAGAAGAAAAUUACAUGUAGAAAAUAUUAAAAUUAUAAAAAAUCCUAAAUUAAUAAAAAAGAAAAGGAAUUUCAAACUUUUUUCUAGAAUAAUAAAUUUUGUAGAUAUCAUAAAUAAAAUAAAAUAAAAUAAAAAAAUAUUUACUAGUUUUACAAAACUAAUAUAGAAAAAAAAAACAAAUAAUAGUUAAUUUAAAAAAAUAAAAAUUAAAGAAAACAAAAAAGGAAACCAUCCCAUUUUAGUUAAAAAAAAAUAAAGAAUAAUAUAAGCCCAAAUUAAAAAUAAAAAUAAAAUCAGGAUAAACUUACAAAUAAAAAAUAAAAUAAUAUAAAAAUGGCGGCAAUGAUGAAUAUGAAUAAUUUAUUAAAUGGCAAAGAUUCACGCUGGUUACAAUUAGAAGUAUGCAGAGAAUUUCAAAGAAAUAAAUGCUCUCGACAGGAUACCGAAUGUAAAUUUGCUCAUCCACCGGCGAAUGUAGAAGUCCAAAAUGGUAAAGUUACAGCAUGUUACGACAGCAUUAAGGUUCGUAUUUACAAUUGACAAUUUAAAUUCAUUUAAAAUAACGCAACUAGAUAAAAAUUUUCAAAAAGGAUAUUAACGAGUAAGGUUUUUAAAUAUAGACAUAAUAUGCACUUCAUAUACAAUUAUACUUAAAGCUGCGAUUCAUCUAGUCCUCAAAUCCACAGUAAUUAGUCGAAAAUCAUUUUAUAGAUUUUCUUAAUUUAAAUAUACGAUCAAUUCCCCAUAUAUUUUACAUAUAAAAAAUAAUUUUUUUUUAUUAAAACUAUU